AUGAUGGCGGACGAUAGACCGAUCAAGGGGGAUGAGCCCGUCCCGGACCCGUUUGGGCCCGACGACGCCAUCGAUGACACGGAGGACCUGGACGAUGAGUUUGUCGAGAUCCAGAAGACCAUCUCUGGCUCACGCAGGCGCCUGAGCAAAAGUAAUGGCGAUGUCAAGGUGCAGGAGGUCCUCCCGUUCCCUUUCCUGCCUAAUGUCCGGCCUCUGACCAUCUCGGAUCUCGAGAGCUGCGUCGCGCUCGAGAAUGCCGCCUUCGCCAACCCAGACCAUCGAUGCUCGCGUGAGAAGUUCGAAUACCGUUUGUCAAGCUGCCCAGAACUUUGCAUGGGUUUGUUCUGCACGGUUUCACCUGCAAGCGCCAAGGGAUGGGAGAUCGAGACCUGCAAACCCGCAAAGCCGGUCGAGACGGGGCGUGACGACGGCGCCGUCAGCGUGCUCUUGGCCCAUGUCGUGGGCACGAGGUCCCACGAUGAGCUGGUGACGGACGCUGCCAUGGACUAUCCGCGCGACUACCGCACAGCGAAGCCGAACAAGACGGCACUCGGCCACCAGGAGGACGGCCACACGGUUGCCAUCCACUCGCUGGCGGUGCACCCCAAGCUCCAGGGCUGCGGGCUCGGAAAGCUGAUCAUGAAGGCGUACAUGCAGCAGAUUCACAACUCCGGCACGGCGAGGCGCAUCUCGCUGAUCUCGCAAGGGUAUCUCGUCAACUACUACACUCGAUUUGGGUUCGUUCACAAGGGUGAGAGCAGUGCUGCGUUCGGCGGCGGUGGUUGGCACGAUCUCACGAUCACCCUAGGGGGUCCUUCUCCCAAACGGUGA